AUGGCGGAGAGAAACAACAUGGAGUCUAGCAGGGUACUAGAGGCGACCUAUGACGUCAUCCCCGUCCACCAAUCGGGGCCGGAGCACGGCGAGGGGGCGUGGCUCUCCUGCAGCUCAGGCACAGGAGCCUGUGAACUUCAGACCGAGGACCGGGUCUCUACCGGGUCUGCACCGGGUCUCCACCGGGUCUCAACCGGGUCUCCAGCGGGUCUCUACCGGGUCUCCACCGGGUCUCCACCGGGUCUCUACCGGGUCUCCACCGGGUCUCAAGUGGGUCUCUACCGGGUCUCCAGCGGGUCUCAAGUGGGUCUCUACCGGGUCUCCAGCGGGUCUCCACCGGGUCUCCACCGGGUCUCUAACGGGUCUCCACCGGGUCUCUACCGGGUCUCCAGCGGGUCUCCUGCGGGUCUCUACCGGGUCUCUACCGGGUCUCCACCGGAUCUCCACCGGGUCUCCACCGGGUCUCUACCGGGUCUCCACCGGGUCUCUACCGGGUCUCUACCGGGUCUCCACCGGAUCUCCACCGGGUCUCUACCGGGUCUCCAGCGGGUCUACAGCUGGUCUCUACCGGGUCUCUACCGGGUCUCCUGCGGGGCUCUACCGCGUCUCUACCGGGUCUCCAGCGGGUCUACAGCGGGUCUCUACCGGGUCUCCAGCGGGUCUACAGCGGGUCUCUACCGGGUCUCUACCGGGGCCGGUCCUAUGAGCUCCUCGUCCCGCUCCUCGUCCUUCAUGGUGAUGCCUCGGCCCCCCCCCGGUGGCUCCACGGCCUUCAGCAUCGACUCUCUGAUCGGGGUGCCCCCCCCCCAGCCGGGCCCGGGUCACUUCCUGUACACCGGGUACCCGAUGUUCAUGCCCUACCGGUCCGUGGUGCUGCAGCCGCCCCCGCCCCCCCCGGUCCCGGCCGGGCACCACCCGGGCUUCAUGGCGCAGGGCCUGGCGCUGACCUCUGGCCUCAUGGCGGCGCUGCCCGGAAGCUUCCCCCCCCCCCCGGCCCAGCAGCACCACGAGCCGGCCCGGAAGUUCGGUUCGCACGCGCUGCACCCGGUGUUCGACAAGGAUCUGCGGCUCGAGGCGGAGGACGCGAGGAGCUUCCGGGACCCGGACCCGGGUCAGACCUCCACAGGCAGAGGACUCAGCAGAGACGACUCGAAGGACGAGGACCGGAAGGACGAGAGCUUCUCCAUGGACAGUGAUCUGGACUACAGCUCGGACGAGAACGUGCCGUCGCUGGGACACAAGGAGGACGGGGACGCGCCCGGGGGUCUGGAGGACCACGGGCCCGGGUCCGGGUCCGGGUCCGGGGGGUCCGGGUCCUCCGGGGGGGCCUCCGGGGGGGGUAAGAACCGUCGCAGGAGGACGGCCUUCACCUCGGAGCAGCUGCUGGAGCUGGAGAAGGAGUUCCACUGUAAGAAGUACCUGUCGCUCACCGAGCGCUCGCAGAUCGCGCAUGCGCUGUCGCUCUCCGAGGUGCAGGUGAAGAUCUGGUUCCAGAACCGGCGCGCCAAGUGGAAGCGGGUCAAGGCCGGGAACGUGAACAACAAGUCCGGGGAGCCGAACCGGAACCCGAAGAUCGUGGUCCCGAUCCCCGUGCACGUCAGCCGCUUCGCCAUCCGGAGCCAGCACCAGCAGAUGGAGCAGAACCGACCGUAG